UGAGGCUCAUGGGACGCAGUGGGGGGCAGUGCUGGGGGCUGCCUCCAUGGCCCUGUGCCUGCCCAAGCAGGGGCGCUCAGGCCUGCACCCCACCAGGCAUGAGGUGUGACCCUGCCUGUGGGGCUUGGCUGUGAGCCCACAGCUGACCUCCCUGUAUCUGCCCCAUACUGGGGUGUAGGCGGGGCUGUGGGGCCUGGGAGAGAUGUUAUUUAACCUCUUGUGGAAAAGGUAAAAUUUAUUUAAAGCACUCUUAUUUUUGUAAGAAAAAAGGAAAAAGGAAUGAGAGGCCCCAGGUGCAUGGGCAGGGGCCAGGGGGAAGGUCCUGAGGUGCAGGGGGUGGCAGGGCACUGGCCCAGGAGGCAGGGGUCCCGUCAUGGGCAGUUGAGGCUUGAGUACGUCUGCAGAGGGAAGGUGGGGGUGAGCUGGGCACCAGGGUGAGGGCUGGAGCCCAGGGGGGUUUGUGGCAGGGAGGCUCUGGGGCCGGAUGGCAGGAGGGGUGGCAGGGCUGAGUGCAGCAGGCAGGGGAAGGACAGAGGGAAGAAGCAGGGCCUGUCUCUCUGGCAAGGGGGCCAGGGCCUGGGCAUGGGGGCAAUGCUGUGACCCUGCAAUGGGUACCUGCCCACAGGGGCCAGGAGUGGGGCCAUGCAGGAGUGCAGAGGGGACUGGCUUCUGCACGUGGCACGCGCUACUGUUUGUAACUCAAUAAACGGUGCCAGCACCAAGAGAGCCUGAGUGUCACUGCGGUGCUGGGCAGCAGCAGGCUGCUGGGGCAGUGGGUCUUGGCAGGACUCCCAGGGCCUGCUGCUCCCAGCACCAUGCCCAGGCAGGUGCACCAGCCAUGUGGGGUCCGGGCCUGAGGUGCACACGGGCUGCAGUGUACGGCCUGGCAGGCCGCGGGCUCAUGCAGGGACCAGCAGUGCCCUCUGCAGGCCACGUGCUGCCACAGCCACCCACUGCCGAUGACCGCCAGCCCGGUCCUUCCUGCCACGCUGCCCGGCCCGGCAGAGACGGCUGCGGCUGCCUGCCCCGGCCUGAUGCCCUGUCUGGCAUCACUGCCCUCGCCUCCCCUCAUCACGGCCGCGCUGCCCGGGGGAGAGGAAGGUAAGAACAAUGGCGGGCCCUGAGGACGACCUGAUCGGGAUCCCGUUCCCAGAGCACAGCAGCGAGCUGCUCUGCAGCCUGAACGAGCAGCGGCAGCUAGGGGUGCUGUGCUAUGUGACGCUGCGCAGCCACGGCCUGGAGUACCGCACACACCGUGCCGUGCUAGCUGCCUGCAGCCUCUACUUCAAGAAGCUGUUUGCGGGGCCAGGGCUGGGCCCGGGGUUGGGGCCAGGCCAGGACGUGUGCGAGCUGGACUUCGUGGGGCCUGAGGCUCUGGGUGCACUGCUGGAGUUUGCCUACACGGCCACGCUGACGUUGAGCCGGGCCACGCUGGGAGAGGUGCUGCGUGCCGCCCGGCUGCUGGAGAUUCCCUGCGUCAUCGCCGCCUGCGUGGAGAUCCUACAGGGCAGUGGGCUGGAGGCGCCAGGACCAGAUGCCAGCGACUGGGAGCGUGCCCGCCGCUACCUGGAGGCUUUCGUGGCCUUGCCCGAUGGCGACGGGGAUGCAGCUGAGCCCCUGCCCCCUCGGCCUGCCGCCCGGCGCAGCAAGAAGACACGCAAGUUCCUGCAGGCCCGGGGCUUGCGGCUCAACCACCGGGCCGAGGAGCCUGUGCUGGACACCGAGGGCUACGGCAGCUCCCCGCCUGCACCCCUGCCCCUGCCCGAGGGCCUGGCUGCCUAUGAGCCUGGGGAGGAGGAGGAUCUGCCGCCGGCCGCCUUCCCCUUCCCCUACCAGGCACCGCUGUCCCCAGAGGAGGCUGGCUCUGAUGAGGAACCCAUGGACCCCGAGCUCAUGGCCUACCUGAGCUCGCUGCACCACGAGGCGCUGGCUCCUGGCCUAGACGGCCCUGACAAGCUGGUGCGCAAGCGCCGCUCGCAGAUGCCGCAGGAGUGCCCCGUCUGCCACAAGGUCAUCCACGGCGCAGGCAAGCUGCCCCGGCACAUGCGCACCCACACCGGCGAGAAGCCCUUCGCCUGCGAGGUCUGCGGAGUCCGCUUCACUCGGAACGACAAGCUAAAGAUCCACAUGCGCAAGCACACGGGUGAGCGGCCGUACUCGUGCCCUCACUGCAGCGCCCGCUUCCUGCACAGCUACGACCUGAAGAACCACCUACACCUGCACACGGGUGCGCGGCCCUAUGAGUGCUACCUGUGCCACAAGGCCUUUGCCAAGGACGACCACCUGCAGCGCCACCUCAAGGGGCAGAACUGCCUGGAGGUGCGGACGCGCCGGCGCCGCCGCGAUGACCCGCCCCCGCCACCUGCUGGGCCCCAGGGCCUUGACCUCUCCAACGGGCGCCUUGAGGGGCUGCGCCUCUCGCUUGCCCGCCUCUGGGACCCUGGCCGGGCACCCCCGCCCCCCGACGACGAGGAUGACGAGGAGGCCGAGGCUGAGGAGGGGCCGCAGCCGGACGGCGCCGUGCCCAUGGAGAUGGCAUAAAUGCACCGUGCCAGGGGCAUUUGGGAGCCGCCACGGCACCAGGCUCCUCUCAGGCCUGGCCACACAGUGGGGCAGGGGCCUGGGCCUGGCUGCCGUAGCCCCCAACCAGGGCUUGGAGCUGGCAGGGUGAGGCCUGGCGCGCUGGACCGGACCGCACAGCUGCACGAAGCAAUAAAGCCCCCAGGCACCUGGGGAGUGGGUGGCCUGCCCCUGCCCCGCUGGACGUGGGCGACCACAGGGGCAGGGUGCCAGGACUCCUGGGUUCCUGGGCAGGCGGUGGGAAGCCAUUCCCCACCAACAGCCUGGCUUGACGACGCGAGUUUCUGUUCCUGUUUUUCCCGUCGCUGUUUGUUCUGAAUUAUGCAAAGGGGGAAACUCCCCCUGGCGGAUUUGCACAAUGAAAGGCUGGGGGGGGGCCGCACCCCGCCCAGGCCCCCCCGCGGCCCCGGGUGUUACGUGAGCUGCUGGGAGCCGGGGCGUGGCAGGGCGGGGGCAAUGCCAGCCCCGGGCGGCCCCCAGGCGCAGGGAUCCGGCUGUCCAUCUAUGUCCCCUCCCUAUUGCGCUGGGGGGGCACAGCCCCGCCCCCUGGCAGGGCGCCGCAGCCCUGGGGCGGC